AUGGGGUCCCAGGUAUCAGUGGACACGGGAGCUCUGCACGUGGUGAUCGUGGGUGGUGGCUUCGGCGGGAUUGCAGCCGCCAGCCGGCUGCAGGCGCUGAAUGUCCCCUUUGUGCUGGUGGACAUGAAGGACUCCUUCCACCACAACGUGGCAGCUCUCCGGGCCUCCGUGGAGAGUGGGUUUGCCAAGAAGACAUUCAUUUCCUACUCGGUGACCUUCAAGGACAACUUCCGGCAGGGCCUGGUGGUCGGGAUAGACCUGAAGAACCAGACAGUGCUGCUGCAGGAUGGCGAGGCCCUGCCCUUCUCACAUCUUAUCCUGGCCACAGGCAGCACCGGACCCUUCCCGGGCAAGUUUAAUGAGGUUUCCAGCCAGCAGGCUGCCAUCCAGGCCUAUGAGGACAUGGUGCAGCAGGUCCAGCGCUCACAGUUCAUCGUGGUGGUGGGAGGAGGCUCUGCGGGAGUGGAGAUGGCUGCAGAGAUUAAAACAGAAUAUCCCGAGAAAGAGGUCACUCUCAUUCACUCCCAAGUGCCCCUGGCUGACAAGGAGCUCCUGCCUUGCGUCCGGCAGGAAGUGAAGGAGAUCCUCCUGCGGAAGGGUGUGCAGCUGCUGCUGAGUGAGCGGGUGAGCAACCUGGAGGAGCUGCCUCUCAGUGAGUAUCGAGAGUACAUCAAGGUGCUGACUGACAAAGGCACGGAGGUGGCCACCAACCUGGUGAUUCUCUGCAACGGUGUCAAGAUCAACAGCUCUGCCUACCGCGGCGCGUUUGCAGAGAGCAGACUGGCCAGCAAUGGUGCUCUGAGGGUGAAUGAGCACCUCCAGGUGGAGGGUUACAGCAAUGUUUACGCCAUCGGAGACUGUGCCAAUGUGAAGGAGCCCAAGAUGGCCUAUCACGCCGGCCUCCAUGCCAAUGUGGCUGUGGCCAACAUCAUCAACUCCGUGAAACAGAGGCCCCUCAAGGCCUACAAGCCAGGUGCACUGACGUUCCUCCUGUCCAUGGGGAGAAAUGAUGGCCCAAGUGAGACAUUUGCCUCUGUCCCAGAGGACAGCUCCCCACCUGUGGCUUCAUCCGAGGUGUUCUUGUGGACCGUGGCCAGCAAGCUCACCCUUUCCAGAAGUAGGCCCUGCUGCUUGAGAAACACAGGCCCUGCUGCUGUCUGA